CAUCAGAGGGGGCGAGGCGGGCUAGGGGUAGGUUUACGGGUUCGUACGGACGGAUCGAGUCGUAAUUACACUCGCAGUAACGUGGCCUCACGGAGCCAAUAAGACGCGUGACAGUGCUUCGAUGAUGAAUUUCAUGCGUACUUCGAUCCUUUUCACUUACACGAACGAUCGAUCUUAGGAAGCUCAAGAGGAACAAGUGUCUUCGCACCCAAAACGGUGCCAUGGAGGUUGUCUACGAAGGAUGGCUUGUGAAAUCGCCGCCCGAGCGCAGGAUCCGACGUGCGAAAUGGAGGCGACGGUGGUUUGUCCUGCGACCAUCCGGCCAAGUUCCGCAGCAGUAUGUUCUAGAGUACUACACAGACCAGACCUACAGGAAGCUAAAAGGCACUAUUGAUCUUGACCAGUGUGACCAGGUUGAUGCUGAGCUGGAGGUGGUGACAAAGUCCAAGUACAUGUUCGACAUAAAGACGUCGAAGCGAACAUACUAUCUUGUGGCUGAUUCAGAAGCGAUCAUGAAUAACUGGGUGGACUGCAUCUGUAAGGUCUGCGGCCUACGCAUGCGGGUUGAAACAGAGGGCGCCUCGGAAGAAGCACAAGUUGAGCCAUCGUCAGAGCCUCCCAAACAGUCUUUGCCAAGUGAUGAAAGUCCAACUCCUGCAGAGCCUGCACCACCCCCACUCUCUGCAGCUGCUGACCAUCCAAGUAGCCUUUCAAACGAUGACUCCAAUCCAUAUAUUCCUAUCAGUGAAUGCAUUACUGGAAAGCCUGUCGGUAACGGGCUUCCACAGUCAUGUCCCGAGACCCAACUGGUCGAUUUUUAUGACACCCCUCGAUGCAGCACGGGCAGAACAUCUCCAGAUCCUGUUAUGGAUGCCAUGUGCCGAAUGCCACGGCCUCCGGAGAAGCCCAUGCGUGAACUGAGGGGCGCCAGUCUUCUCGACUCCACUGUACCAGCCCCUAAGGUCAACUGGAACACGUAUCCAAAGGACUCUUCACUGCCAGGAAUGGCUACCAGUAGCCAAGCGUUCAGCUAUGACCCUGUGCCUCCACUGCGACCUACGAGCAGUCGGGAAGAUGUCGUUGAGCCGGCUGCUUCUCAGAACAGUAAUGUGUACAAUGGGGAUACCCUUGGCAGGGCUGGCCUUACCCUGCGUAAAGCGGGGCGUGCUGGAAUGGCAGUGCCUCCUGCACCACUUACCAGGCAGGAUGCUACCGAAGAGUCCUAUGACCGGCCAUCUGCCACACGGCCCUCCUCUGCCUCCCAAAAUGCAGGCAGUGCGGCAGACAUCACAGGCGAUGAAGUCAUACCUCCACGGCCACCAAAACCACCCAACAUCCGAAUUCGGCCAGUGGCCAGUUGUUACGACGUGCCUCCACCUCCCUCACAGCCACCACGAAUGUCGCAGCAGGACUCGUACGAUGUGCCACGUUCGGCUGGUGGAAUGCGUGAUGGUUACAGUGUUCCUCCGUGUCCACAGCAUGUGCUGCGACACGAGGUUUACGACGUUCCUGCAGCACCAUCCAGGGGACCGUAUGAGCUGUACGACCUGCCGAGGUCAGCAGAGCCAGUGCCUAGAACGUCAUCCAGUGGCAUCCCGCUUCCUCCACGCCUCUCGCUGGACGAGACAUAUGAUUUUCCAAAGUCCUCACUGAGCCCUGAUAGCUUAAACUUAUCAGUCCCUGCCCCAGCAGCACCAGGUUCGAGGAAACAUGCUUACUGCAAUGCUCCUGUAGGGACAUUCAGUAGCAGGGAAAAUGUCUUCAACUACGAGUACAAGCCAUCCUUCACAGAGUUUGUGGCAAAGGAUGAGGCAGAGGUGCAACAGAUGCCCCCUGGUGCCUACGCCAAUGUCUCCUCCACUAGUCCGGGUACACCCAACCUCACUGCUGUGCCACCUGCCAUAAACCGUGGCCUGAAGCCAAGAAAAGCUUCAACUGAAGGUACCUCACCAGGUGGCCAUGUGUUUCCUCUAGCUCCUCCUCCUGCGAACAGAAGCCGCAGCCACACCACUCCCAGCAGGCCAAGGCAGAGAAGUAAGGGUGACUUGCUGGCACCUGAUGAAGAUAGCUGGUCAAGUGCUAGCAGUAGCCGACGAAACUCCACAAACGAUGACCCGGGCAUAAGGCAACUCAGUGCAGGAGCAAAGAAGAAAGCGGAGAUCCAGUACCUUGACUUGGACUUAGACUCCGAUCCAGGGCCAACACAAAGCCCAAGAUCACCAGAGCAGCGCACUGGUGGUGGAACUGGCACUGUUUACAGAACAGUAGAUUUUGUCAAGACCAAGGCCUUCAACACAACACGGCAGGACGUUGAAGAGUCCUAUCGCAGUCACAAGGACGGUGAACCGUGCAAGUAAAACAUUACCUUGAAGUGCAUUUGUGAGGCUGAAUUAGAGGCCAGCUGCAGUGCACAUUGACACUUCUCAUCAAAGGUUGUAAAUACCGAAAGGAACAGGCUCAAUAUGUGCGAUGAUAUCCACAGAACAAACACUCAAGUCAACUGCACAAACGUGUCUGUAUGCCUGAAAGUUGCACCCUUUGGAGCAUAAUAGCUGACCACAUGACAGACAUUGCAGGUAAUGGGGUGUGCCAUAAGUAAACCUAGGGAUAGCUUGUUAUAAGUGUAGUGAUGGUUUGGUACCCUGUCCCAAACAUUUCUUAUUCAUGCUUUCCUGUUUAGGUUGUAUUUUUUAGUGACAUCAAAGCAGGGGCUAUUUUGAUAUGAAGCAUGUUUAGCCGACACCAUCCUUGCUUGCCUACUUGGUUGGCUGCAUUUUUCCCAUGCUUGCACAUUGGAGUGCAUUGAUCCCGCGUAAUAGUUAUGUGCAUAUCUGAUCAAGCACUCGAUCUCUUAUAUUAGCAAUAGUGUGUUGUGACUCAAUUUACUUGGCACUGUAUUUGCAUUUGCUGUUGAGGUUGUGUUAUCGUGAAGUUGUCAACUUGCUACGAGAGACAUGCAGAAAGAAAAGAAAUCUGUCCUGUUUUGGUUGCUGCAUAUUUUUUUUUUAGGAGAAGUUGAGUAGCCAUUUUACAGCAGAGCCUUUGUGAGUACGUCGAACACCAAUGAAUCUAUAGAGUUUAUAUUUAUUUGAAAGUUUCCCAGUAGAUGCAUUUUUAUACAUAUAUUGCAGAUGCCAUUGCCUGCUGUAAAGCAACUUGUAUAUAGUAUGACAUCUGUUAGGGCAAUUGUACAGCCAUUUCUUUAGCAAUUCCGCAUGGUUGAUUUGUCAGUUGCAUAUCUUUUACUUGUGACUGUGCUGCCAUUGCCAGUAAUAACACAUUCAGCAUUGUCAUUCUUGUGCCGGCUCUAUGUGAUACUUGUUACCGUGUUCAUUGUGAGCUGCAUGGCAUCAGCCAUCGAUUUCGUGCUCGUGGUGUUUGUGAAUAUACUCGAAUGUGCCUUGAAACAAAUGGACGACAUCGCCAUAAUUAUAUGGUUGCUUGAACAUGGUGUAGCACUUGUUGACAGCACUUUAAGAAAUCUUUAUAUCGAUGCAAGGAGUGGUCUAAACGUAUCUGGGUACAUGCUGGCCUAGCCUUAAGAGAGGUAUACUGCUCCGCCACUGGAGGGUGCCUUUAGUAUGUGUUAUGAGCUAAUGUAGAAAUUUUAGUUGUCGAAAAUAACAACAUUCAUUCACAUUGUGCGCUUUUUAAAUAGCGUGUUGAUGCUGUUUCACAUUCGCUUUGGUAAUUUAGUUGAAGGAAUAAAGAAUUUGCAUGAGGAUUUGUUUACAUCUGGGAGAGACCAUGUGGAAACAUGUCGAAACAAGCAUUUAGAGAGGAAGCCAUGGGCCAUAGCUGAACUUAUGAAUGGUUAACUGAUUAAGGGGCAAGGAGGACAUCUAUAGAGGAAGACAAACACUUCAGAUGCCUUUCUGCAGGUACAGCUGAUGCAUGCAUGCAUGGAAAUACACCCACAAAUUCUCAUGCAGUGCAUCACAGGCUAAAGUGAAACAGUAUCGGCAUAUCAUUGCAAGAGAGCAUGAUGUAAAUAUAUGCUGUUGUCCUUGCCAACAUAUAUACACUCACAUACACAAAAGAAAGUGCUUUCAGAUUAGCUCAUUACUCAUGCCGUAGAGAUGGAGUAGCAUGCCAGUCUCCGUCGACACAGGGCUGCAUGUUUCCAGGUGCUUUUGGAUUGCUCCUUGCACAUUUUUAAUUAAAGCAGAGAUUUGCUUUCUACAUAAAUAUCUUAUUUCUGACCAAAAUGCACUGGAAUUUGUGCAUGCAAUGCUAGUGUUUCGAACAAAGUUCAUUUGGCUCGGGGUUUUAAUACCUAUAGUGUACAAAAGUUCUGACUGCAUUUUCAGUGGCUCUGCAGUUAGUAUAUUUACUUACAGCCUUUACAAUAUAAUGUUGUUGUUACACUCAUGACUGUAUGGAGCCCUCUCUUGUGGGAAUGCUAUAUACAUUACUGCCGCAUGCUCAGAUGUUUGUACAUACAAUGAACAAGUGUUAUUCAGGUUAAAGUAAUAAAGGUUUGGUUAUUAUCACAA